GCUGUCGCUCCCUCUGGAUUAUAAUCCCACUCGGAUUAAAAUUAUUGAUUAAAGUUGUUAAAGUGUAAUGACGCGCCCGUGUCGCGUCAUGACGUACUCCGGGUAAAGUGGAUGGAUCGGUGGCUCAGCAUGGCGCAGUGAUGUGCACAAGUGAAGCGAACUGAGGAGGACUGUCACUCAAAGAGAACUCUUCACCUGACCGACCGAAACAGACGCCACCAUGGCCGGAGACGACCACUACCUACACACUCCUAACCAGAUGUUCGAUAACAUCAUGAUGGACCCGUCAUGGGAGUUUUCACAUUUUGCGAUGCCUCAAACGACGUCUCUGCGGACAGGUGAGAGUCCUGCAGUGGACGGACCGUUCCUGCAGAUCGUGGAGCAGCCCAAACAGCGCGGCUUCAGGUUCAGGUACGGCUGCGAGGGGCCGUCUCACGGCGGUCUGCCGGGGGCCACCAGCGAGAAGAACAGGAAGACCUACCCCACCGUCAAGAUCUGUAACUACCAGGGUCAGGCCCGGGUGGUGGUCCAGCUGGUGACGGCGCUGACUGCCGUCCCUCACCUGCACGCUCACAGUCUGGUGGGAAAACAGUGCGAUAAAGGAAUCUGCAUCGCCGACCUGCAGUCCAAAGACUCCACCAUCAGCUUCCCGAAUCUGGGGAUCCUCCACGUGACGAAGAAGAACGUGGCAAAGACUCUGGAGGAGCGGAUGAUCGAGGCCUUCAGGCUGGGAUACAACUGCGGGGUCUCCAUCCACCCCGACAUCGACAGCGUUCAGGGGGAGGUCAGAGUCCCCCGAGAAAUCACAGAGCACCACCUCAGUGUGAUCAGAAAUGCUGCCUCUACUCAGGCCAAAGAGAUGGACCUCAGCGUGGUUCGGCUCAUGUUCACGGCGUUCCUCCCCGACAGCGACGGCGGCUUCUCCAGGCGGCUCGAGCCCGUGGUGUCCGAGCCGAUCUACGACAGCAAGGCUCCGAACGCCUCCAACCUGAAGAUCGUGAGGAUGGAUCGGACCGCCGGCUGCGUGACCGGAGGAGAGGAGGUCUACCUGCUCUGCGACAAAGUCCAGAAAGAUGACAUCCAGGUUCGGUUCUAUGAGGAGGAUGACUCGGGUCUCACCUGGGAGGCUCUGGGAGACUUCUCCCCCACAGACGUCCACAGACAGUUCGCCAUUGUAUUUAAGACGCCGAAGUAUCGAGACCAGAACCUGCAGAAACCGACGUCUGUGUUCGUCCAGCUGAAGAGGAAGUCCGACAACGAGACCAGCGAGCCUAAACCCUUCACCUACCACCCCCAGAUCUUAGAUAAAGAGGAGGUGCAGAGGAAGAGGCAGAAGACUUUACCCAACUUCCAGGACUUCAGUGGUCAUGGAGGAGGAGGUCUAUACAGAGGAGGAGGAGGAGGUCCGGCUGCUGGAGGAGGACCUGGAUCCACAGGAUACCCAGGAUACCAGGGCUUCACUACCUACAACUAUGGAGGAGGAGGUGGAGGAGGAGGAGGUUUCUCCACAGGGUACUCAGCGGGUCUGGGAGGAGGUGGAGGAGGGAUCAAACACGGCUCUCAGAGUGGUGCCGCAGACAACGACGGUGACGACAACGACCCGGACGACGACUCGCCAUCAGGGGCCGUGCUGCGAGCUCCAGCCCGGCCCGAAGCCGUGGAGGUCAGGGAGAGGAGCGAGGAGGGAGGGGUCAGUGUGGAGCCUGGAGCAGAGAGAGAGUUCGACGCCAAGGAGCAGCUGGAUCAGGUGACCAGCAGACUGCUGGACGCCAUCUUUCAGUACUCUGUUACAGCUGACUCGGCGUACCUGCUGGCUCCACAGCGCUCCCUGAUGGCCGCGCAGGAUGUAAACGGAGACACCGGGCUCCAUUUGGCUGUUCUCCACAACCAGCAGGAGGCGCUGAAGAGUCUGACGCAGGUGGUGUCUGCCCUGCCCGGAGAGGAGGUGCUCAACAUGAGGAACCACCUGUACCAGACUCCUUUGCACCUGGCCGCGAUCACGCAGCAGAAGGAGGCAGUGGAAGUGCUGCUGCUGGCUGGCGCCGACCCGACGCUGACGGAUCGUCACGGCAACACAGUGCUGCACCUGGCAGCUCAGCAUGAGGGAGAAGGGAUGAUCCAGUUUUUACUGCAACACAGAGAGCUGAGAGAGCUGCUGGACCAAACCAACACAGCAGGUCUGUGUGCAAUCCACCUGGCGGUUCUGGCCAACCAGCUGUUUUCUCUCAGGGAACUGCUGGAGGGCGGGGCCAAUGUAGAGGUCCAGGAACGCAGCUGUGGCCGAACGGCCCUCCAUCUCGCCACCGAGACUGACAACGUAUCGCUGGCGGGCUGCCUGCUGCUGGAGGGAAACGCCAAGGUGGACUGCUGCACCUUUAAUGGCUCCACCCCCCUCCACAUCGCUGCGGGGCGAGGCUCUGUCAAGCUCACGGCUCUCCUCAUGGCUGCAGGUGCAGACCCACAGAAGGAGAACUUUGAGCCACUGUUCUUCAGGGAGGAGGAUGAGGAGGAGAGCUGUGAAAAGCAGAGCGAGGAUGAGGAAGAAGAUGAAGGGUACAUCCCAGGGACAACUCCCUUCAACAUGGCUGCCACCCCUCAGGUUUGGGAUCUUCUGAACGGCAAAGAAUACAAACCAAAAACACCUCAAACGGCCUUCGUCCCUCCUCAAGGCGACCUGGCGAGCCUGGAUACAGAGGUGAAGCAGGCGCUGUGUGGCACUCUGGAGAGUGAAGGAUGCUGGGAGAAUCUGGCUCACAGUCUGGGUCUCGGGAUCCUCAACACAGCCUUCAGGCUGAGCCCCUCCCCCGCUAAAACCCUGCUGGACAGCUACGAGGUUUCCGGUGGAACGAUCAGGGAGCUGCUGGCUGCUCUGAGGUCAGUCGGCGAGUGCAGAGCGCUGAGCGUCCUGGAGGAGGCGCUGCACGAGAGCGAGGAAGCGCCGGCCACCAGCGCAAUGAGUGGCGAGCUUCUGUGCGCUCGGGUUCAGGAACUGAAAGUGGACACUCGAAUCGACAGCGGGGUCUGCGACAGCGGGGUGGAGCUUUCCACGGCGUAAUGAUCUGAUCGGUCCACCUCCAGCUGAGUCCAUCCAUCCACCCGUCGUCCCUCGACUCGCUCUGGACCGAGUGCGACGCUCGUCCUCGUGAUGGGUUCAGG